AUGUCGGCGGGGCUGCUUCAGAACGCGGUCAUGCUGGAGGAUAUGUUGUGCGGCAUCAACGAGUGGAGGAACAUCCAGGACAUCGUCAGGCAGAGCUUCAAGUCGUUCCACGACGUGAUCCGCGCGCAAGGCGAGGCCAUCCGCGUCCUCGAGCAGCAGGUGGAGGACCUGCGCGCCAGCAAGGCCGACAGAACCCGCGUCGAGGAGCUGGUCGCGGAGGCGGCCGAGGCGACCGCCGCGAAGGUCGACGCGGUCGAGAAGAGCACGGCGGCGCAGCUCGAGGCCGCGCAGAAGAGCACGGCUGCGGCGAUCGCGGCGGCGCGCGCCGACAUCGCGGCGGACGUGACGGCGCAGGUGACGCGCAAGGCCGACCGCGCGCUGGUCGAGAACCACGUGACCGAGCUCUCGCAGGAGAUCGAGGGCGUCCGCGCGCAGCAGGCCGCGCUGGCGCGCAACAAGGCGGACGCGCAGGCGACCAAGGUGGCGCUGGCGCAGCUGGAGGACACCAAGGCCGCGGCGGCCGCGGUGGCGGCGGACAUCGAGGCGGCGCGCGCGAAGUGCUUCCGGCACGCGGAGACGUGCGCGCGCGAGGCGUCGGAGCCGCUGGAGGAGAGCGUGGCGGCGCUGCAGCGGGGGGCGAAGCAGGUGGCGGAGCGCGUGGCGGCGGACGGGGAGUCGACGGCGCAGGCGCUGCGCGCGGUGAACGCGACGCUGGACUCGCUGGACGGCGCGGUCGUGGGCGUGCGCGAGCGCGUGGGGUCCUGCGAGGCGACGCUGGCGCGGCAGGGCGCGGCGGCGACGGCGUUCGACGACCGGCUGCGGACCGCGGAGGCGGCGCUGGACAGGAAGGCGGACGUCGCGGACGUGGAGCGGCAGGAGGCGGCGCUCGAGAAGCACGCGGCGGCGCUGGCGGGGCGCUGCGACAGGAUAGGGGCGGCGACGGAGGACCACGCGAUGCGGCUGGACGCGGCGGAGCGGGCGGGCGCGGACGCGGUGAAGCGGCUCGCGGCGGUGGAGGGCGAGCUGCCGCAGGUCGGGCGCGCGGUGCAGGAGGUGGAGGAGAUCCGCGUGCAGCUGGGCGAGCGGCCGACGUCGCGGGAGAUGUGCACGCUGCUGGACGCCAAGUCGGACGCGGAGGACGUGAACCGCCUCGCGGUGGAGAUCGCGCGGGAGCUCGACCAGAAGGCGUCCGCGCGGCUGUUCGAGGAGGCGCGCCGCGAGCAGCAGGUCGUGAACGCGAGCGUCGUCGGGGAGAUGACGGUCGCGCGCUGGCUGUGGAAGUCCGGGCGCCUCGCCAAGGGCGGCGCCGUGCCCUGGAACGCCCAGGCGGUCAACACGGACCCGGACAACUUCGUGUGGGAGCGCGACGGCGCGUGCAUCGUGGCGGUCGUGCCGGGCCUGUACGAGGUGUCGUUCGGGUUCUACGCGCCGCGGAAGCCCCGCGUGCAGCUGCUGGUGAACGGCGCGCCGGUGCUGGCGGCCGUCAACUCGUCGUCGUACGUCGUGCACCACUCCUCGGGCCGCCUGUCGUCCAUCGGGAAGCACCCCGACGGCUGCGUCACGGGCCUCACCAUGGUGGACUUCCUGGCACUCCCCGCCAAGGCGCGCCUGACCAUCAUGUACAAGGGCGACGAACAGGCCGAGGGGUUCUUCGCGCUCCGGAAACUGUAG